CACUGCUGGACCCAGACCGACACCCCGCUUCUGGCCCGAGGAUGUCCACUUGCUUGACGAAGAAAGAGAAGUACAUCAACCGCUGGCCAUGACACUCGCUCGACACGAUAUCGCGCCACAUCCUCGACAAGCUUCACUUUCUCAGUCCCUCAUCUUCAUAGCGGAGAGACUGGUCUGCAGCUGCCACACCACCAUGGGCACACUCCGCCAACUCCACCGCCGCCCACCACCUGACACACCACCACAGCGCCGCCACCUCCACUACAGGCAUCUUCACACGCCACCGUCACCACCACGUCACCUUCCCGCCACCUUCACCACUCCUUCCGCACCACCACCACCAUCGCCACCAUUCACGAAUCGAGAUCAGUAUGGCAAGUUGGCAACAUCAAAUGGCGGACGUGGGCGGGAGGGAGUGAGGGUCGGCCGGGCUGGGGAGACCAUCGUUUCAGGGGUUUUGGAUGGCGAGCAGCACACACGCUCUCAGAGACACCUGUGACAAGUACAAGAUGGAAAGGUGUGAGGAUGGAGUAUACUAUAAUGUUCACAGCACAGGUUAAUUGGUUCUAAUGAUUUUUAUUGUGAAAGGUGUAGGUAGUAGAUUUUGAUUCAUAAGAUUGUACGUCAUCAUACUCACGUUUGAUAUUAUUCCUUUGUAAGUGUUUCAUUUUAAGUUAGAAAGGUUGUAUGUAAUUUGUUUUGUAUACAUUUUUUAGACUGAAAUUAAUAGUAGAUAGCCAGCUUCUCAACUUUCGAGAACUUUGAUUGCACUUACUUUAUUAAAUGUCCAGAAUUAAUGUCAGUGUUUUUAAAAGUAUUUUGUAGUAGUCGAAAAUUUUGUUAGACUUUCGUGAUAUAGGUUGUCCCACAAUGCAUAAAGAUAUUUUCUAGUUAGUUGAAAAUUAUGCAAGACUAUUGUUGUAAUACAAGUUGUCAUGAUGCUUCAAAUUGUCUUUUAAUGCUUUAAGAAUUGUAAUGCUUCAAGAAAAUAACUAAAUUGAAAGGCAGAAAAUUUUUAGUGAUAAGUUUUGUAAGACUUAAUGGUGUAAUGUAAGUUGUCAAAAGGCUUUAAAUUGUCAUACAAUGUUUAAAAAAAAAUAGUAAAAUUGCUAAGUCAAAAGUAGUAAAUUUUGUCAGCUAGAAAAUUUACUGAGUUAAGAAGUUUUGUAAGACUUAAUGGUGUAAUGUAAGUUGUCAAUAGGCUUUAAAUUGUCAUACAAUGUUUAAAAAAAAAAAAGUAAAAUUACUAAGUCAAAAGUAGAAAAUUUUGUAGAAAAUUUUGUCAGCUAGAAAAUUUACUGAGUUGAAAGUUGUCCGUAGACUUUUUGCAUUGAUUUUGUAAUUACUAGAAAAUUUAGAGUUGAAAGUUGUCCGUAGACUUUUGCAUUGAUUUUGUAAUUACUGAGUUGAAAGUUGUCCGUAGACUUUUGCAUUGAUUUUGUAAUUACUGAGUUGAAAGUUGUCCGUAGACACUUUUCCAUUGAUAUGAAUUUUGUAAAUUGUAAUGGAAAUUUUAUUCAAUAAAAGUAAAUCCCCGCAGAC